GUGAGCGAGGUAAGAUGGCAUCAAGCUGGGGAGACGCUCUGUCGGAGCAAGCCGACCUGAUCGCUUCUCGUCUCCGUCAGCUCAUGUCCUCUUCACUGCGCUUUCUUCACCAUGAGUACGGGAUAGAUUUAGGUAUUAAACCGGAGCUCUAUCCCAGCUGGGUGAUUGUGUGCACGGCUCUGAUCGGGCUUGUUAUAGCGGUGGUGCUGCUGUGGGUCGCGGCCUGUGGCGGAGCUCGGAGAAGAAAACGUCCAGUAGCUAAGAGUGAGAGGAACGUUCAGAUUAAUGUCAGUGUAACCGACGCUGUCAAGACCCCGCCGAUCAAAGCCACUAAAGCUGAAGAACCGAAAAAGAAAAACAGAAAGAAAGCAACUGACAAGCAGAAGACCCAGUCGAAUGGUGCCACUGUUCCUGAGCCUCAACAAGAAAUCCAGAAAGUUGUUAAAGAGUCUCCUAAACAAGAGCCUUCUAAACAACAACCUCCUAAACAAGAGCCUCCUAAACAAGAACCUCCUAAACAAGAGCCUCCUAAACAACAACCUCCACCUGUGGCUGCAGCAGCACCUCCUCAACCUCCUGCAGAUACUAAAGCUGAGAAAAUCAAGAAAAGCAAGAAGAAACCAAAACCAGAGGUAAAGCAAACUCAAGGUGUUUCCUCCACAGAUGGAAAGGAGCUUGAUGAAGGUGCAUGGGAGACAAAAAUCAGUAACCGAGAAAAGCGUCAGCAGCGCAAGAAAGAGAAGGGUCCUGGAGAUGAGUCAGGAAGCCCUGGAGGUGGUCGAAUUGUCAGCCAGCAGGCGGAGCAGCCCUCAGUUCCAGCUGCAGUAAGCACCAAGAAGAACAAAAAUAACAAAGUAGAGUCAGCUGCUUUGAAGGCUCCAAAGGCUCAGAAGGGUGAUGGCAUCAUAACACCAGCACCAUCCAGUUGGAAUGCUGUAAACUCUGUGAGUGCGGGAGGCUGGAAUGAAGUGUCAGCGAAGCCUGCAUCCCAUGUGAAUGCUUUAAACAGUGAGAAAUGGUCUGGAAAUAAGAACUCCGAGCCCUUGGCUUGGGCUCAACAAUCAGAGAGGUCAUGGCCCAGCAGAAAUAAGACUGAACCUAACACAGUGAACCUCUCUAGGCAAGGAUUAAAACAAUCAGCUGGUGAUCCAGUGACACAGUCUGCUGCUGUGUCCAAUGUCUCCACGAAAGUGGAAAGUUUCCCUGCUGAUGAGUGGUCUGCAUUCAAUGGACUGGGAGCAGAACAUACAGGAUCGGACUGGAAUGCUCCAACUGAGUGGUGGGGAAACUAUGAAGAACCCAAGGUAGAGAAAGCUGCUGCCCAAGAGACGCCAGUUUCCCAGCUUCCAGGCGAUUCUGAGGAUGAUAAGGAAAAAGGAGAUACUUCUGAAAGUGGCAAAGCCAAAAGAAGGAAGAAAAAGAAGAAGAAGCAAGAGGAUGAAAAUGCUGCCCCACAGGUAACUGCAGGGGGUUCAAGUGCACCAGCAGAUAGUGGAGUCACUAAGCCCCGUCCACCUGUUCCAGUUCCAGAGGCUCUGACCAAACAGAAUGUCACCCCGCAUUUAAACCAGAAGAAGUCUGAUCAGAAUUUGGAACAACCGAAGCCAGUUCAAAAGAAAAAAGCCAGGAGAGAAACAUGAAUCACCAGUAAAUCUUAUGCAAAUGAUUGUGAAAAUGUUUAUGCAAUAAUUUCAGAGUACAGAUUUUUAUACUGAAUACUUUUGCUGUACUAAAAAAAUUCCAAAAAAGCAUCAAACUUGAGUUGGGCCAACUCGGUUAAAAAAAACACACAAAAACUAACAAUAAAAAAACCAGCAGACAAGAAUGAUCCGAGGAUCAGAGAGCGACACAGAAAAAUCUUGUAUACGAUCCAUCAUUUCUGGCCUCUUACACACUUGUGGGAGUGUGGUUUAAGAUGACAUUUUGUCCAGCUGUAACUUUGCCAUUGUUAAUCUGCAUUUUAAUAGUUUGUUCAUGUCAUUUGGGAAAUUGUAGAAUUUUGUUACUUUUUUAUAAAUUUGUUUUGAAUCCUCUGACGUGUGGCAUUUUUGUACUGCUGAGUUGCAUUCUGCAGAAUUGCAGUGUAGCAGUUAGUGUUCAUGCCACCGAGAGGCACUGCGAGUCAGUGCGUUCUGAUGAAGUACUUUAAAGUCAUUAGUGGGCGCAGUAGGAGGUUGGUACAUUGCUGUAUUUUGUGGUCUGCCGUGGAACAAACAGGAGAAUACAAGUAAAUACAGAGAAGUUUUUAACACUAAGAAUAUUCUCAGUGCUUUUUCUGUGAUUAUAUAUUCUCCAUAUAGAAAUCGAUGUACAUGACUUGAGAUGACUGCUUUAUUUUACCUUAUCAACUGUCUGCAGUAGAAAAAGCCACGCCAUAUGUACAGAAUUAAUAAGGGCUUUUUUCUAGAAUUCUUUAAAUGCACUGUGCUAAAGGUUGUAAUGGUUUCUGUUUUCAUUCUUUUUCUAAUCUUUAAAUGUGAAUGUUUGUUUAAUUUAGUUUUGAUAUUGAAAUGGUUAAGUCAGAGUGAUUUUUAAUGGAGAGAGAUGUAAAACGCUAUGUGCAGCUUUACCUCCUUGUGACUAAAAUAGUAUCAGUAUCAGGAAUCUUUUGCCUUAAUCUGUUCUUCGUUGUGUAUGCAUCUUUUUUCGGUGAAGGUUGUGGAACUAUCAUUUCAGGUUUUAAUUGAUGUCAAAGCUGCACUUGCUGUUGCACGAAUUUUGUCUAACUGUUUAUAACAAUAAUGAACAAACAUUCAGAUUCUUUAUUCACUUAUACAAAUACUACUCUCAACCUAAAGGCUUUAAUAGAUGAGUAACAUAUUGCUGUGGCCGACUGCAGCUUUUGCUAGAUCGAAAAUGGUGGAAUACUUUUUUUAGUCUCUUUCUAUCUAUGUGGCGCUGAGCCUUUAGAAUUUAAUUUAAAUGUGUCCAUAUAUAAAUUUACUUUUUUUUUUUUUUUGUAAAUUACAGUAGAUCUUGCAUACCUGAGGUACUCUGGUUUAAAACCAGACACCUGCCUUAGAUGUCCAUUAGACGGGGUGGUCAAACCAGUGUAUUUAUACUUGUCAAGUUUCUGGAUCUAAGAAUGAUCUGUUUACUGAAGUCAAUGCAAUAUUUCUAUGUUGAUUUGUUAAAAUUAAAUAAAACAAUUGAUCAUUGUUA